AUGUCUUCAUCAUCAUCAUUAAAAAGUCAAAUACUUGUACGUAAUCUAUCUAAACGUAUUACAGCUAAACAAUUACAACAAUAUGCAUCACGAUAUGGUUCAAUAGUUGAUUGUUAUUUAACAGAAAAUGAUAAUGAAGGUUUUAUUGAGUUUACUGAUCGUACAAGUGUUGAUCUAUUUAUGAGUAAACGUCCACAUUUAAUCGAUGGAAAUGAAUUACAAUGUCAACGUUGUUUACCAGUAUAUGAAUUACAAAAAUCUGUUAAACGUAUUUUUAUUCGUGGUGCCGUUCAACAAUUAAGUGAAAAUCGUUUAGCGAAUUAUUUUGAUAAAUAUGGUAAAGUUAUAUCAUGUACAAUACCAAAAGGUAAACGUAAUAAUACAUUUACACAUUUUGGUUAUGCAUUUGUGGCAUUUGAUGAUGAAGAUAUUAUUGAUAAAAUUAUUCAAGAUAAACCACAUUAUAUGGAUAAUAUGGAAUUAGAAAUUGAAAAAGCAGAAGAUAUGACACGUAAUCGUCGACAUUCAUUAUCACGUUCACCAAGUUCACGUUCGUCUCGUUCAAUUUCAAUAAAUAAUAAUAAUAAUCAAAGUUAUAAACGUAUAAGACGUGAAUCACCAUCACCGCCACCACCAUCACCGCCGCCGCCGCCGCCGCCACUACAAGUUCAACCUAUAAAACGUUUAACUCGUACGACAGAUGAAUUUACUUUAAGACAUUUAGAAGAAGAAAAUCGUCGUUUACGUGAACAUGCUAUGAUGAGUAAACAUCAUUUUGAUGAAAAUAUGUGGAAAUUAAGAAGAGAAUUAGAUGAUGAACGUCGACGUUAUGAUCAAUUAAAACUUGAAUAUGAUCUUUUACGUCGUGAAUUUACACAUAUAUCAACAGAAUUACAACAAAAAACUACAACAAGACAUUUAAAUACAAAUAAUAAACGUGAUUUUUCAUCAAGACGCUAG